CCUGUCGCGUAUCUCCAAGUCCAAGGCCUCCCAAAAAUGAUUCACCAUUCGGUUUUCAUCACAAGCAUACUCCGGUAUGUGAUCAGCAAGGUCUCUGAACUUGUUCUCAAGUUCUUUCACCGUCAUGUUACCACCUUGGGUUAGGAGAGUGUAUUCCCUCACCUUGGCGUUUACUUCGAAGUCAGAGUAGUACUGGGCAAAGAAUUCUUGUCGAAAAUCCUCCCAUGUAACAGUUCCGUCAUACUUACCCUUGGUUCCAUCCCACCAUUUGGAUGCCAACCCUUCGAGUAACCUUACCGCGAUUCUCAGUUUAAAAUCGGGGGUGAGCUGCAUGUCAAGGGUUGCCUCGUUCAGCCUCUUGACCCACUGUGCGGCAACCGAGAUGUCUCCCGUCCCAUCGAACGGUUUGCACCCUAAGUCCCUCGCCUCUUUGAUGUAUUUGGAGAUCCUUAUGGCUGGACCUCCAUCGCCCCGACUUCCAUGCGCUUCCACAUGGGUUCUCGAAUCGCAAUAGCUCCUCCCUCUUGAAGCCCCGCCCGAAGGUUGCCCUGCACGGUGCCUUCGGCGUGUCCUCCUUUCUUCGCGCUCCCGAUGAUACUGUUGGAGCAGCGCUUCGAUCCUGGCCAAGGAACCACUUUCCUCCUCAUCACUCACCUCAUCAUCAUUCUCUUCGUAAGGGGUCUCAACUGGCUCAGUCCCCGGCUGGUAGGUUGAGUCCUCAUAGGACCAAUAGGUCUCACUUUCGGUAUCGACGUGGCCAUCGCUCACGGUUUGACGUUGGCCUCCACGGCCCCUUCCUCUUGAUCCCCUAGAGGACCCCCGGCUACCGCGCUCGGACCCACCCGGUGCACGGCCCAACGGGUUCCUUCUAGUGAUCCUUCCAACGGGUUCCAUUUCUGAAAGAAAUUAGAAUGAGUCAUUAGACUCGCAUCGAAUGUCAAUUGACGGAUAGGUACUUAAAGACAUCCUUUGGCUCAAAUCACCGUCAUACCAAUUGUUAAGGGUAUCAUCUUAACAAUUAGAGGCAUUGCAACUCAAGUACCAAAAGUCCUAUAAGUACAAAACCUUAUGCUCACGGUCUCAUUUUCAGAUAAAUUUCUACAGAUCAGAAAAUCGUGAUUUUUCAAGUUGCUCGGAAGCAGGAUCUGAUCAUACCGUUAGAUUCGUCUCGGCGAGACGAGAAAUCUGGUAUUUUUGGGGAUUUUUUUGGCCACCGGAAGAGGCCGUACGCGCCGCCGGAAAACUGCCUGCAUCAUCACUGCGUCAUCACGCAGUCCAAAGGAAGAAGACGAUCCACGUCAGCUGCCACGUCAUCGCCACGUUGGACCACGUCAGCGACACGUGGUGCCGAGUCAUCCGCCACGUCAUCCACCCGAGCCGUCCGCUGUGAGCCACGUCAGACGCCACGUGGCUACACGUCAUCGCCACGUCAGCGAGGAAGCAGAGCCACGUUUUGGGCGAGGUCAGACCGGUUCACCCGUUUCCAGAUCAGUUUCCAGACCAGUUUUGGACGAGGUCAGACCGGUUCUUACCAUUUUCGGCCAUUCCGGAUCCAACGGUGAGCUCCGUUUGUCCAAAUUCGGCUUCGAAAAUAAGGUACGAGAUAUAUAGAGCGUUUUAUUAUGGAUAAAUCAUCGUCGGACACCAUGAUUGCGCUCACAUCCACAAACUACAAUAUGUGGAAGCCUCAGAUGGAGGAUUUGCUAAUAAUAAUGGUGUGAAACCGGAUAAAAAGACGGAUGAAGAAUGGACAAAAAUGAAUCGAAAAACUGUCGCACAAAUUCGACAAUGGAUAGAUCAUAGUGUGUUCCACCAUGUUGCUCAAGAACAAAGUGCUUACACACUAUGGGAGAAGCUUGGUAGCAUGUAUCAAGCAAAAACCGCCCGAAAUAAGACGUUACUAAUGAGGAGAUUAGUAAACCACAAAUUACGUGGGGUAUUUCGGUGUCAGAACACACCAGUCAAUUCCAGGAUCUUGUGAAUCAGUUGAGCACCACCGGAUGGGUUCUCAAAGAUGAAGAGCAGGCGAUACUACUCUUGAGCUCUCUACCUGACAGCUGGGAGACUCUUGUUGUCACUCUCAGUAAUUCUGCUCCAAAUGGGAAGGUGACUAUGCAGAUGGUCACAGAUGCCCUGAUGAAUGAAGAAGCCCGAAGGAAGGAAGCCGGAACGGAACAAUCAUAUGUCCUCAUAUCAGAAACUAACAAACGAGGGGGAGGCAGAAAUGGAGGAAGAAGUCGAGGUCGAGGUAGAGGUCAAGGUCAAAGUAGAGGAAAUUCUCAAGUUCGCGGAAGAUCACAAGAGAGAGGUAUGUCCUUUGAAAACAAUACUUGGUUCGAAGGAUAUUGCAAUUACUGUAGUAAUUAUGGACAUAGGAAAAGAGAUUGUAGAAAGUUUCUACGAAAGAAGCCACAGACGAGUCAAAAUACUAGCCAAGAAGAUGGUGAGACCAUGGUUAGUUUGUCAUCAGACGUGUAUCUUGUUACACAUGGUGAACAAGAAUGUUUACACGUAGGCACUCAUGAUGUUGAGUGGGUGAUUGAUACAGCCGCAUCAUUUCACGCCACUCCACACCAGAACUUAUUCACAACUUAUAAGUCCGGAGACUUUGGAGCUGUGAAGAUGGGAAACACCAGUUUCUCGAAGAUUGUUGGCAUUGGUGAUGUGCACAUAAUAACCAAUGUCGGAUGCGCACUUGUGUUGAAAGAUGUUCGACACGUUCUGGAUCUUAGAUUGAAUCUUAUCUCCGGUACAGCUCUGGAUCAACAAGGAUACCUUAACCGAUUCAAAGAAGGUACGUGGAAGCUAUCUAAAGGUUCCUUGGUUGUUGCAAGAGGCCAUAUUUGUGGCACUCUUUAUAAAACUCAUGCAAAGUUGUGUCAUCCGAGUCUCAAUGCUGUUGAAGAAGAGAUCACCAAACUUAUGGCACCGGAGGUUAGGUCACUUGAGCGUGAAGGGGUUGACAACUCUUGCAAAGAAGGAAGUCAUUUCCAUGGGCAAAAGUGUUGCCCUAGAUUCAUGCGAGCACUGUCUAUUUGGGAAACAACACAAGGUUUCCUUCAGUUCUACCAAGAAGAACCAUACAGAGUUACUCAGUCUUGUCCACUCUGAUGUAUGUGGACCCAUUGAAGAGGAGUCACUAGGAGGAAGCAGAUACUUCGUGACAUUCAUUGAUGAUGCAUCACGAAAGGUAUGGGCCUACUGUUUAAAUCGUAAGGAUCAAGUGUUUGAUCGAUUCAAAUCAUUUCAUGCCAUGGUAGAAAGAGAAACAGGGAAGAAGCUGAAGUGUCUGCGUUCAGACAAUGGAGGAGAGUACACUUCCCGAGAAUUCUCAGCAUAUUGUGCCGCAUAUGGAAUCAGACAUGAGAAGACGGUUCCACGAACUCCGCAACACAAUGGUGUAGCCGAAAGAAUGAAUCAGACUAUUAUGGAGAAAGUUCGUUGCAUGUUGAGUCUGGCUAAGCUACCUAAGCCAUUUUGGGGUGAAGCUGUGCUGACAGCUUGUUAUCUUAUAAACAGGUCACCUUCUGUUCCUUUAAACUUUGAAGUGCCAGAGAAGAAAUGGUCAGGAAGAGAUGUUUCUUACUCUCACUUAAAAGUGUUCGGGUGCAAGGCAUUUGCACAUGUGUCCAAGGAGUUGAGACAAAAGCUUGAUCUCAAGUCAAACCCAUGUAUCUUCAUCGGCUAUGGAGAUGAAGAAUUCAAAUACGGUUGUGGGAUCCCGAAGUGAAGAAAGUUAUUCGAAGCAGAGAUGUUGUAUUUCAUGAAAACGAGUUUCAUGGGUGUGCUCCAAUAAUCCGCCAACAACAUUCUCCAGAAGACGAAGUGCCUGUAUCAUCAAACAUUCCUCUCAGCGACGAGGAGAUGCAUGAUUCUACUGAACACGAGAGUGAUGGUUCAGCAGGUGAUGAUGAUACUCACAGUGAUGAUAUUCCUCAGCAGGGGGAGCCUUCAUCUGAAGACGAAUCUGAAGGUAUUCAUGUUCGACGUUCUAUGUGAGGCAUAGUUCCACAAAGAAAAUACUCCACAUCCGAAUGGAUACUUGUUGCCAGCAAGGGGGAGCCAGCGAGCACCGCAGGAACGAGAGAAAUAAAGAAAAAGGUGGAGGGGGAGAUUUGUAGGUAUCUUCCACCUUCUUUCUUGGAAGUUGCCAAGAGACACCUUAACAUGGAGGCACCUUCUUGGAAAGAGCUCUCCAACAAAUAAGUGUGGGAGAAGAUAUGGAGAUACCUAGGAAGCUUGGAUGCAACUUCCUCAUGUCUCCAAACCAGCCCUAUAAAUAGAGUGCUCCAUUGUUGUUCAUAGUAUCAGUUUAGAAAGUGAGAAAAGUGUGUGAAGAGUGAAAUACACUCAGUGUAGAAGUGUAUUGGUGAGGAUUGAUUUUUUGUAAUAGUUGAGUGUGAGAGUUUGCUCCUCCUAUUGUAAUUCUGUUCUUGAUAUUGAAUAGAAGAAUUUUCCAAUCCCAACACUAACGAUUUAAAGGGAGAAGAACGUCAAGGAUUGGAGGGAAUUCAUAGAGAAAGUUGGGAGUCCACUAGAAAAAUUAACAGAUAGGGAGAUAAAAUCAAAGUCAAAGAUGACAAGCGCAAAGGCGGGGAGUUGUUGCAGAAGAAGAGGGUGUAGAAGAAUAGUCUUCCUCCUUCUGGUGGUGUCCAACGAGGCGUGUUUCAACAAUACGAGACUGGUUUCCGGUGAGAAGGAUCUCUCGACCGUUCAGUGUUGGGUUUAUUAAUGAGGAGGACAAGAACAUGUGCAAGACCAUGGAAAUUAGCCAAGCUACGUGUGCAUUUAACAUUGGUUACAUUAAAAGUAGAUGUACCUUUGUCCAUAUGGACCAAUCAGAAUGAUGUAGUUGAAUUAUUUAAAUCUAAAUUAAAACUGAUGUAAUGAUCUGAACCAAUCAAGUGAGUGGUAGGUACGGUACCCCAUUUUUUAAAUAGGUACCGGAGUUGUCACCUACAUUAAAAGGACUUAAACAUUUGUGCCAUGUAGAUUGUCGCUUGUCCAGUGCUUAUACCGUGGAACCGGUGCAUGGUAAGCACCAUGCACCAUUUGUUAUUUUUUAUUUUUCCUUUUCUUAAAAUUGUUAAUAAUUUUUUUUUGAUCCGAUUUUUAUAAAAUUUAUAUCAAUUUUUUUUAUUUUUCAUGAUCUUUCAAAUGAGACCAAUAUUGCCUAUGUAAUUUUAAUUUUUUACAUUCAUACAUUUUUUUGUAAUAUAUUUUUAUAUGCA